CAAGAGUCCUCUGCGCGCUGCUGCCGCGGCGCUUCCACAUCGUCUCUGACAGCCCCGGCGCCGGUAUCCGCGACCCUCACUACCUCGAGCAGCUGCCGCGGCCUCCAUCGCAGCCUGAAUCCCGUUCCUUGCCUCCGCGCCCACAUCCGGGGGCAGUCCGGCUCGCAGUCGCUGCGGAGGCCGCAUCUGGUACACAUCUGGAACCGCCUGGCCGGCCGCGCUGGAGCCCGCGCCCAACCUGGCCCGGCCGCGCCGGGAGCCCUGCCCGGAGCUGGAGCCUCCCCUGGAGCCGCGGGCCCGGGGCCCUGAGUUGCGCAGCCGGCGCAUGGUGAACUCGUUGCUGUUCGGAGAGAUGGCUUUGGCCUUCGGCUGUCCGCCGGGCGGCGGCGGCGGCGGUGGCGGGGGCUGCCCCGGCGGUGGCGGCGGCGGCGGAGGGGCCGGGCCAGGGCCGUCACCAGUGACCGCGGCACUGCGGGACGACCUGGGCUCCAACAUCCACCUCUUGAAGGGGCUCAACGUGCGCUUCCGCUGUUUCCUGGCUAAGGUGCAUGAGCUGGAGCGGCGCAACCGGCUGCUAGAGAAGCAGCUGGAGCAGCAGCAGAGUGAGCGGGAGCGGCGGCUGCGCUACAGGACAUUCACUCGCGAGCAGGCCGUGCAGACCGGGCCGGAUCUGCUACGGCCACCAGCGCCCGGAAGCGGGCAGGGCAUCGGCAGCGGCGCGGCGGCCGGCACCAAUGCCAACGCCGUGGCCCUGGGCGGCCUGCCCCCCGGCGGCGGCUCUCACCCGCAGCUCUACGGCCGCCUGCCUGGGACCAUCUGGAGCUACACGCAGGUGCGGCGCACGGGCGGCGGCGGCGUGGAGACAGUGCAGGGCCCCGGCGUGUCGUGGGUGCAUCCCGACGGCGUGGGCGUGCAGAUCGACACCAUCACGCCCGAGAUCCGCGCGCUCUACAACGUGCUGGCCAAGGUGAAGCGCGAGCGCGACGAGUACAAGCGGAGAUGGGAGGAGGAGCUUGCCAAGAACAUGAACCUGCAGACCAUGGUGGACACGCUAAAGGAGGCAGCGCAGGAGGCAGAAGCCAUCCAGGAGGAGAUGAACGAGACAAUCGAGAGGCUGAAGGCCGAGCUGGUGGUGUUUAAGGGGCUCAUGAGUGAUCCCAUGACAGACCUGGACACAAAGAUACAAGAAAAGGCCAUGAAGGUGGACAUGGACAUCUGCCGCCGAAUCGAUAUCACGGCCAAGCUGUGCGAUGUCGCACAGCAGCGGAACUCGGAAGACGUGUCCAAGAUCUUCCAGGUGGUUCCCAAAAAAAAGGAGCGUAAGGUGACUUCAGACGAUGACAUCUCGGAGCAGGACGGGGAGGUGAACCGGUUCUCAGAUGAGGAGGUCGGCUCCAUGAACAUCACCGACGAGAUGAAACGCAUGUUUAACCAGCUGCGAGAGACUUUCGACUUUGAUGACGACUGUGACAGCCUGACGUGGGAAGAGAACGAGGACACGCUCCUGCUCUGGGAGGACUUCACCAACUGCAACCCGUCCAUCGACCUGCAGGGCGAGCAAGAGGAGAACUUGGGCAACUUGAUCCAUGAGACGGAAUCCUUCUUCAAGACGAGAGACAAGGAGUACCAGGAAACGAUAGGCCAGAUAGAGCUGGAGCUGGCCACGGCCAAGAGCGACAUGAACCGCCACCUGCACGAGUACAUGGAGAUGUGCAGCAUGAAGCGGGGCCUGGACGUGCAGAUGGAGACCUGCCGCCGGCUCAUCAAAGGCUCCGCAGACAGGAAUUCACCGUCCCCCAGCUCUGUGGCCAGCAGCGACUCAGGAAGCACAGAUGAGACCCAGGACGAGUUUGAGCGGGAAGCAGACGUGGAGCCCAUGGUCAGCUGAUGACUGAGUCCCCGGUGCCUGGUGGGCUCGGUGAUGGGGCCUCUGCCCCCUUCCCCACGAAGCCAGGAAGGCUCCUGGAGUGGGGCUCCAGUCCUCACCACACAGACUUCCUCUGCCCUCCCCUCUCUGGAGGCCCCAAGGGACCGCUGCUUCCUUCCUCCCUCCCACCCAUCAACCAGUGCCCCCUGUCCAUCCACCCGGUACCCAAGGAAUGGUGCUCUCAAUUUCUAUUCUCCAUGUUACAAAUGCAGACUUCUGUCCAGAUGAUGCAGUGUUAACCGUGCCUUUUCCCUUAAGCUGAGCCACUUUGAGCUCCAAAGAAUUAUUCCUAGCAGGUGUUUUUAUACAAAACUUGAAGGUGAGGGCGGGGUGCGGGGCCCCCGAGGGGUAUAGUGUGGUUUUCUACCCUUCCACCUGCUCCUCUGAUUGGCCAUGACCUCUGCCCUCCUCUCCUCUGCUGGCCAGCACUCGGCGAGUUGGGCCUCCGGUGGCCCGCCUCCGCCCAGGACAGAGCUGUUUGCCUCCGCAAACUCCCCUGGGUGGGGACCUCUCAAGGUUUUUUCCACUUAUCAGAAAGGGAAAAGAUGGAAGGAGGGAGGGAGGACAAAUUUUUAUUUGCUUUUUGGAUAGAGUGGCAAAGCGGAGGGACAAGGCACUGUGGGGGAGGCAGAGCCUCACUGUGUUGAAACCACUAUGCAAAAAACACAACACACACACAAAAGCAGCUUGCCUUAUACAUUGUGAAAGGCAGGCCCUCUCCCAGACUCAUGAUUUUUCCCCUGGAGCUGGGAGGGAGGCCAAGGCUAGCGCGGCGUCUCUCGCAGCCUCUGAAGGGGUUUGGUCAAGGUCAAUAAGGAGGCCUGGGUCCCUCGAGGUCUUCCGCUGCCUGUUUGCUUUCUUGGGACCUCUGUGGGCUUGGAGGACCUUUUACUGCCCUGUGACUUGAUGUUUUCCCUCUCCCUCCAGCCAACUAUACAGCAUUCUAGGGCUUCAGCUUCUCUGUGAGAAAGUCUUAAGGGAGCCAGGCCUGCUCGGGCCCUUCCUCACUGGGGCCCUGUUGGGCCCACCUGCCGCCACCUCGCUUCUCCAUGGGCCCCGGUCGCCCACUGUUUGGCCACUGGCCUGCACCGGACAGGGACGAGGGGCGGGCGAUGAGGGCUGCUGGCAGAGCGGAGGUGGCGGGAGUUGGCGCUUGAGUGAGAACCACCCUUGCUGGACAGAUGUGAGCUUCUUUCUCCCCUUCUCUUGACUGACCAGCUGGGGAGUUAAUUGAGCCAGUCCUCCCCAAGACCUGAGUGGACCUUUGUUGAAGGGCGCUGUGUUAAGGCCACCUGCCAGAUCUCAGCUUGGAGCCAGCUGACCAGGUUUUGCUUUUUACCAAAAAAAAAAAAAAUUUGUACCCACCCACUCCUGUGGGUCUGAUUUCCAAUUUUUGCUUUUGUUGGCCCAACAGCUCCCCCUGGAGGUCAAAGGAGCACACUGUGCCCCAGGGCCAGAACCCCUUACCACCCAUUGCUUCUGUCCAGAGGCAGAGGCUGGGUUCUCCCUCUGGGUAGGUUACCGCCCUGGUCUUUCCUCCCCAGGGUACCAACCACCUUUAAGGACCUUCUUUCUCCUCCAUUUCCCGCACCUGUUUUGCAGUCUUAAAAUCACUGUACAUAAUAUUCACAGAAUAUAUAUAUAUAUGUAAAGAGAGAGAGAAAGAGUGUGUUAGUGAGGGUGUGUUAUUUUUAUUUAUCAGCACUUGGCAGCCUCUAUCUUUUUUCCUAAUUUUUCCUUUUUGUUGUCAUUGGGGGAACACUGGACCGUUGCCUGUGGCGGUCAGGGCGAGAGGCUCCCGGGCCCGGCGCCUCUCCUUCGCCACACGCACAGUCCCUCGGUAGGUACAGGGAGGGUCGGCGGUUCCAGGGGAGAGACGGCCCCUCCCCACCUCCGUACCGACCCUUGUUCUAAAGGUUACAGGGUUCAGACACACCUGACUAGUAUUGCUGUUCAUUGUUAUUGUUGUUUUAGUUUAGCUUUAUUUUAACCAAAGGUUAUCAGAGCCAGUGGGCUUGGACCUCAGCUGCUAAAAAGAUUUUCCGUUUCCAGGGGCAGGGCAAGCCAUGGCUGCCCCCGAGGCCUCCACUGUGCAGGGCUGUGGGAGGCAUCGCAGGGUGUGGUCCAGUGGAAGCCGGCCCUGGGUUGUUCCUGGAGGGGGUGGGAGGGCGACAGACCUAUCUUUAGAAUUAAGACAGUAAGGCAAGGCAACAGUGUAGUUUGAGGGUGACUAAGGUCGCCAUGGUGACUGGCGUCCAGAGGUAUUAGUUUUGCUUUCCCCUUCGUCAAUGUUGGGGAUACGGGACCCUGAAUUUGUCCAAGGACUAUGGGAAGAGCAGGAGCCAGAGAUAGGCACUGGCUGAGAAGUUUCUUCCUGCUGGUUGUUGAGAUAGCUACUAUGUUCUCCUGGGGAGCAAAGAUUUGGGGCAGGUAGGUGCAGGAAGGCGGAACAGCAAGGGUGCGCCCGGCCUCUUUCCUGGGCAGGGUGCUGGGUCUUGGCCUGGUUCCCUCCUCCCCCACCAAGUUCUUUUUUGAGUGAGUGGCCAGUGGGCCCUGCUUGUCCCCUCGCCGUGAGCCCAUGGCUUGCCAAGAAAGACCCCAACGCUCUCUGAGGCAGCCCCAGGUCCAGACGGGACGCACUGGGCUGUCUUUUGUAAAGCUGUAAAUACUUGACUUUGGUUUUCUAUUGUUCAGCCCAGGGUCACAUUGACGCUGGUAUUUUAGGCUGUUCUUCGGUGGACUCUCCUGGUCUGCCCUCUCUCACACUCUCCUAUUUUUGGGGAUUUUAUAAAAAGAGAGGGUUGGGGAGGGGCAGGGAGAGCAAUUCAUUUUGGUUCCCUGGUUGUGAAACACACACACACACACUCUUCAUGAACGCGUUUUGUUUUCUUGUGGCAAUAUGUCUUGGGGUCUCGGAAGGGCAAGUCCGUCUCAGACUUGGCUCUGUCGAUGCAGUUCAGUCGAGUUGGGGAGACUCAGACCACUCUGGCCUGGGAUGAGGGAGAGGUUUCGGGCAGGGCGUAACUUAAGCUAAAUGUAGUCUAUUUAUAAAGCAAGAUACUCUUAUCUAUUUUUAUGAAAGGAAGGGUUUUUUAAUCUAGGGUAGGCAGUUGUGGUUGCCCAGCAUUUUUCUGUGGGCGUGAUGCAUGUUGCUGCUGCAUUUUGUAUAAUCGGUACCCCUCUCCCUGUCCCCCUGUCCUCACCACCUACUCAUCCACCCCCAUGAACGGCUUCGGCAGAGUAUAGACCCCACCUCACCCCAUUUCCCUGUAUCUUGAUCUCCCAGCUCCUGGGUUUUUGGAAGUCUUAGCGGGGAGGGCACUUGUGGGAGUGGGUGGCCAGUGGGGAAUUCAGAAUUGAGGUGGGGGGGGAGGGAGAGGGGGCCCUAGACAGGGGACAAGCUGCUUUGAGAGUGGGCUCUGAUUGGCUUCUCGAACUAUGCCAGGAUCCACUUCCAAAUCAGCUGGGUUUGGGAGAGUGUGGGUGGCAACAGGGCUCUGGGUUCAGGUACCACACCGCUUCCUUGGGGCUGCUAGGCAGCCGGUGCCACAGUGGAAGUGCCACGAGGCGCCCACAGUCCUGGCUGUGUGCCCACUGCCUGGGCUGCCAGUCUAUGAGCUCCUUCAGGGCCCAGGAUGAGGGAUUGGGGUACUGGGGGCUCCCCCAGACCUACAUCCUCUACCUGGAGACUCCAAGCUCUGGUCCUAGAAGGGCACUCUUCUACAGUGGGCGUCUGGAGAUGACCAGGUGGGUGAAGGAGGGCUCUCUCUGCAGGGAGUUUUCCAUGGGUGGGUGAUUUCCAGGCUCAGGGUGGACUAUAUGUUAGUCUUGGGGCAAAUCCCUCACUCUUCUUGCUGCCAAGCCCUCAAAGAAAUGAGGCAAAGGCACCCAAGAUCCCUCUGUGGACAUUUUAGCAUCUCUGUGAUUUGCAAUCCCGUCCGGGGAGACCCCCUGUCUCGUGGUCCCAUCCCACCCCACUGUUGGUGUUUGUCUGGGUCUAGCAUCAAGGUGGGGGGUGGCGGUUAUACUAUUUGAAAGACUACUGAUCCUACCAGGAAACCAACCUGUUUACUGUACUGUUGUAAAUAUCAUGCCCUUUAUAUCCUGUAUAUUGGCUUCUUUUAAAUAAAGUGAAAUGUC